ACAAACCAUAACAUAACCUACAAAUACUAAUGUCACAUUAUUUAAAUAAAAUAUAAUAUUUACAUAUUUUCAGAAUGGAAAGAGAUUUAGAUCAGUUAUAUACAGCUUUAAAUGCAAUUAAGGUUUUAAGAUCUAAUGUUGGAAGUGUAUUUGAAACUGUUAGCAACGGUUUACGUGCUGACCAUGGGGAAGAAGGUAAAGAGAAUAAGUUUAUGUUGGAAUUACAGGAUGUUCUUACAACAGUUAACAACAAUUUAAGAGAUGUUGAAACUGCAGCUGCAAAUCUUACACCUCCUCCUGGUCCUUUUAAUUUAGGUAACACUGCAUAUCUUAGUCAGGAGACUACUCAAGAACGGCAAGCCCUUUAUGGUCAACUUGUUAACAGUUACAAAUGGACUGAUAAGAUUCGAGAAUACAGCACACUUGCUGGUAAUAUUUUAGCUACAAAUUCUUUCAAUAAGACCUACAAAACCUUCAGCACAACAAAAAGAAGAAAAACACAAACAAGUAACCAUAAUGUACCUCCAGAGGUAAUUGAAAAUCUAAUAACUGGCAUUGAUCGUCUAUUCCCUGAUGUUACAAUAAAUGCUACACGGCCUUUUGUACCAAACCCUGUUAUUCAGGCAUCACUGGGGCGUGUUCUGAAAGCUAUAAUAGCUUUCAAAGGUCUAAUGAUUGAAUGGGUCAUUGUAAAAGCACAUUCAGAGUCCAGUGAUUUGUGGACUGAGUCUCGAUAUAAAGUUUUUCGAAAAGUAACUGAAAAUUGUCACGCUGCAAUGUGCCACUUUUACUCUCCAACCAUGCCGGAUUUAGCAGUUAGAUCUUUUAUGCACUGGUUUCAUAGUUAUAAUACGUUAUUUAGUUGUUCAUGUAAAAGAUGCGGAAAUCAUCUUCACAGCAACCUACCCCCCACUUGGCGAGACUUGCGAACUCUAGAACCGUAUCAUGAAGAAUGCAAAUAACUUUUUUUUACAAUAACACAAUUAGCUAAUUAAUUUAUUAUUAAUAUGCGUCUAUUUUAUGUUAUAGU